AUGGCUAAAAUCAAGAGCAUUGAGCACUUCAGGGUCUUGCCGCGUUGGUUGUUCGUGAAGGUGUCUGAUGAAGACGGCAGCUAUGGGUGGGGUGAAGCUACGCUCGAGGGGCAUUCACAGGCAGUCGAAGGAUCCCUUGACGCGCUGACAUCACGAUUUCUAGGAUAUGAGGCAGACGACAUUGAACACAUCUGGCAAGUCGCGUACCGCUUGGGCUUCUAUCGUGGAGGCCCAGUAUUAAUGUCUGCCCUUGCUGGGAUUGACAUUGCGCUGUGGGACCUGAAGGCUAGACGUCUAGAUGUGCCGAUGUACCAGCUCUUCGGCGGUAAAGUGCGACAUAAGAUCAAAGUAUACUCUUGGAUUGGAGGAGACCGGCCAAGAGAUGUGGAAGCAGCAGCAAAAGAACGUUGGGCGCAGGGUUUUCGGGCAGUCAAGAUGAAUGCGACGGAGGACGUGGAUUGGUUGGACUCACCAAGAGCGUUGGAAACAAGUGUCGAAAGAUUGAAACUUGUGAAGGCUGUGGGGAUGGACGUCGGCUUGGAUUUCCAUGGGAGGCUGCACAAGCCAAUGGCGAAGCAGCUAGCAAAAGCACUCGAGCCGCACACUCCACUUUUCAUUGAGGAGCCACUCCUCUCCGAACAUCACGAGGGUAUCAAGCAGCUUUCUCAGAUGACGACUAUACCGAUUGCACUUGGUGAGCGACUCUACAGUCGAUGGGACGCCAAGAAAUUCUUGCAAGAUACUUCAAUCGACAUUCUCCAGCCAGACAUCUCGCAUUGUGGCGGUAUAUCCGAGCUUCGCCGGAUGGCGAGUAUGGCUGAGGCGUACGACGUGGCUGUUGCUCCCCACUGCCCCCUCGGGCCUAUCGCAUUGGCUGCAUGCAUGCAAUUUGCGAUGGCCACAUCGAAUUUUGUGAUCCAGGAGAUGAGCCUAGGUAUCCAUUACAACACGGAGGCUGGAGAGUACGAUAUCACGAAUUAUGUCAGAGACCCAAGCGUGUGGACUGUCAAAGACGGUUAUAUCGACGGCCUGUGUGGCCCGGGGCUUGGUAUAGAGGUGAAUGAGGCCGAAGUCAGACAGGUUGCGAAGACGACGCCUCCAUGGCCUCCAAAAGGCUUCACCGGUCCGGACGGUAGUAUAAGAGAAUGGUAG